AUGGGUGUGUUAGUGGAGUUACGCAGUCAGUUUCGUAAAUUACAAUGGUAUGCCGAAGUUAAUAAGCGAGGAUUUGUGAAGAUUCUCAAAAAGUUCGAUAAAAAGAUCGGAACUCAUACACAAAUGAAGUAUUUAACAUCGAAAAUAUCCAUUCUACCAUUUGCAAAUGGUGUGUUGAUCGAUGAUAAACUGGCUGAUGUCAACAAAUACCUGUCAGUUAUCUCACCACUGGUUAGUUCGUCGAGAGAUGACGAUGGUAACAGCGUGAAGACCGACCACAGAAAUGAUUCUGAUCUGUUUCUGGAAGUUUCGUCAAUCAAUGGUGUUGGUGCCGGUGGUAAUACGUCAGAUAGUGGAUUUGUCGGCGAAAUGAAACUUGCAAUUGCAACGGAUGACGUGGAGAAUUUAGAGAGCGUUCUUUCUGAGGGCCCUGUGAGCCAAAAGGUGCUUUUGUCACUAUUAUUCAAAGCAGUAUCUGCCAAAGCUACCAAGUCAAUUAAACUCCUGUUGACCCAUAUUGAGACGCUAGAGGAACUAGCUGAGCUCAACGGAAGAAACGUGAUACAUCGAAUUAUCAUUAACCAUGGCCGUCGUAGGAACAACGCUAAAACCACAACUUCUUCACCGGCUACACCCGAGUCAAAUGUUGGCGAAGCUGGAGCCAGUGGUAGCGUCAGCCCAAGUACAAACCCAAACAAAGCCAAUACUGAAACCUCAUCUAGUUCCUCUGUGAUAGAUGACAGCUCAACAGGACACCAUAGCAUGAACUUUCUCCAUCCUGCUGUUGUACCAAGAGCUGCAACAAAUAUGAUGAAGGUUUUUGGAAGUGACGGAGAACAUGCUGCAGACGAUGAAACUGUCCUGGACUUCUUAUUAGGAUGUUUGGAUAAUAAGCAACGAAGCGCAAUCAUUGCUCGCGACCAUCACAACCGAACUCCUCUUCACUAUGCUGCUCAUUACGGUCUUAAGCUCAUGACAACUGUGUUAUUAAAGUAUAUGAAGGACUGGGGAUACCUAUCUAGCAGCGGCAUCACAGAAAGUGAAUGGAAAGACAGCGAAGGAAUCCUCCCUAUUCAAUUAUCGGUUGCUGCAGACCAUCCUAAGACAACAAAGGUACUAUUAGAGGCGAUAGAGCCAACUGAUUCGAACAAGAAACAAUUGGCUGCUGACUUGUUGCCAGUUGCAUCUCAGUUAGGAGCUAAAAAGCUACUUGAAGUUCUAUUGGACUAUGGGUUGGAUAUCAAUUUCACUUCUGAAUCGCUCAACAACGAGACACCGUUAUUUAUCUGCUCGAAGAUGAAUCAUGUCGAAGCUGUCCAACUGUUAAUAGAUAGACAUGCGGACACUGAAAUUAGUGAAGGUACUUAUGGCUGGACUCCUGUUUUUGUUGCCGCAGUAGAUGGGUUCCGAGAAAUUGUGAAGAUUCUACUUAGUGGAGGUAGUCGUAUUGAUAUUGUGGACGGAUCAGGUUGGAACGCCAUGGAGCAUGCUUGUCUUCGUGGACACCUCGAUCUGGUAGAUAUUCUCAAACCCCCAUUCCCAUUCAAGUCUGUGUUGGAAACUAGUAAUAGCAAUGGCUCAGACAGCGACGUUUCUACUCCUAAUCCCGCUACAGCUCCAGGUCGUAGUAACCUGGCCCCGGAGCCACACCAGCCUUCUACAAUCGAUCCUAUCAAGACAUUUGGUCACAGAUAUCUAAAGGAUAAGUCCAUGGUUUUGGUCACUAUUGGUACGACGGAUCUGAGAAAAAUGAUCAACCCCGUCCAGCUCGAUCGUGUGCCCUAUUCCAAGGCACAUUCCACCCAGCUCGAUACCGCCUUAUCUAUGAUUGUGUCGGCUUCUGGAUGUAUUGGAGAACCAGCUGUAAUUGAUCUACCCAUUCCAGACUAUGGACUAUCAACAGAGCCAUUAUCAUUUUACAGUAAUGACGUGGAAAAAGUACGACUCUAUUUUGAUUUGGUUCCCACAUAUUCAGGUAAUCAGAAACGUGUUUUGGGAAGAGGUGUGGCCCUUUUGUCCAGUGUUUACACACCUCUUGGCCUCAAGAAGCGAAGUUUGCACCAAACAGUUACUAUUCCUAUCAUUGAAUCAGAAACACUGGAAGUUCUUGGUACAGUUGAUUUUAACUUUUUGGUUAUAACACCGUUUCACCACCCCAAAAUGGGUAUUGAAAAGUCAGCCACGUACUGGAAGUCGUUGAUUACUACUCGAGUCAUUGGCCACCGUGGAUUGGGCAAAAACUCUAAUAAUAAAAAGAGUUUGCAAUUGGGUGAAAACACCAUUGAAUCGUUCAUCCAGGCAGCCAAUCUGGGAGCCAGUUACGUCGAGUUUGAUGUCCAAUUAACAAAAGAUCACAUUCCAGUUAUUUAUCAUGACUUUUUAGUAGGUGAGACUGGUAUUGAUAUCCCCAUGCACUCGUUGACUUUAGAUCAAUUUCUUGAUGCUGCUCGACCAACUGUGGCGCCUACAACAGUCUCGCCAGUGGGUGGUGGUCCAGCCAGAAUGCCCUCACCUGAUAGCAGACCAUUCAGACAGCGAUCGCAGUCGGUGUUUGUGACAGGGUCGGGUGAACGAGAAGAUGAGUUUGAUAUCAUGAGUGAUCGAAUGAAGCACACUAGAGACUUCAAAAUCAAGGGAUUCAAGGGUAAUAGUCGUGGUCACAGUAUCCAAUCCCCCUUUACUACAUUGGUUGAAGCAUUCAAAACGUUACCGAAACAUGUGGGCUUCAAUAUCGAGUGCAAGUAUCCCAUGCUGGACGAGAGCGAGGCAGAGGACAUGGAGAAUUUUGCGUUUGAACUGAACCUGUGGUGUGAUACGGUUCUAAAGUGCGUCUAUGACUACGGCGAUGGCCGAGAUAUCAUAUUUUCCAGUUUCCACCCCGACAUCUGUCUGAUGCUGUCACUCAAACAACCGUCAAUCCCCAUUCUGUUCCUGACAGAGUCGGGAACUGCACCAAUGGCGGAUAUCCGUGCAUCGAGUCUUCAAGAAGCGAUUCGUUUUGCCAAGAGAUGGAAUCUGCUUGGAAUCGUGUCCGAGUGCACACCACUAAUCAAGUGUCCUCGUCUAGUCAACGUGGUCAAAGCGUCAGGAUUAGUUUGUGUCAGUUACGGAACAGAAAACAACAACCCCGUCAACGCACGACUUCAAAUGAAGAGCGGAGUCGACGCUGUCAUUGUCGACUCAGUUCUGGCUGUCCGUCAAGGUCUCACUGUGGGUGACACAGUCGACGACGAGGACUCGCUAAUCGCCACCCCUGCAGCUUUAUCUUCAGUGUCCGAAUAA